AUGGCGGCUGCAACGAGGAUUGGCAUCCCCUAUUAUCCGCGACAUAGUGAAUUGGAAGUGAUGAAAGAAGAAGAGGUCGAUAUGAUAAUUGAGGAGGUGAAAGAUCAGCUGGCUGAGUUGAUGACGAAUCAGUCUAGAAGCUAUACCAUUCAAAGACUAUUUGAGUCAUGUAAUCAGACACAGAUGAGCAAAAUUCUUUCUUUCAUUGCUACCAGGCAAAAGCUUUUGGAUAUCUGUUUCGAAGAACAUGGAUCUAGGGCAGUACAAAAAAUGAUAAAGCAUCUUGAGGAACCAGAACAGAAACGCUUACUUGUUUCAGUGCUGAAACCUAUUACUCUUCAGUUGAGCAAGGAGAAUGGCGGGCAUGCCUAUCAUGUCAUUCUACAAUGCAUGGAACAGUUUUUACCUGAGGAAACUGAGUGUAUGCCUUAUACCACUCUUCAGAUCAGGGAAAGGAUUGUUGCUGUAAUCAUGGCUAAUGCUUUGCCUUUAUCUGAUCAUCCUUUUGGGAACUACGUUGUGCAGUAUGUGGUAAAAAUGAGGAUACCAUAUGCAAAUGCAAAUAUAAUAGCGAAGCUCAGAGGACACUUCGUGAGUCUGUGCAUGAAUAAGUAUGCCAGCAAUGUCGUUGAGAAGUGUAUCGAUCCCAAUGACGUUGGCGACGAGAAUUCCCGCAGGGUUAUGACUGAGAUUUUUGAAACUUCUGAUUUCAUCAGAGUCCUUCAAGAUCCGUAUGGAAAUUAUGUCAUGCAAGCAGCCUUGAACGUUUGUAAGGCUUUUGAGGAGUAA